CCGGCAACCAGACGCAGAAGAUCUGCGACACAAGACGGCCUGUCGGACAAGAUUCAAGAUGGGGCCUUAAACUAUGUCAGGACGGAAAACAACGGGGUAAGAGUCGAACACAACGUUGUUUUGGAGGUUAACAAUUCCGCACAGGCAGAGACUGAAUUCGACAGUUUAUUUGAGCAAGUUCAGACUGCAGUAAAAGAUGUCAAAACCUGUUCUGAUGUCACGCCAGUCACUGUAGGUUGUCCUGGGUUCAACAUAACCAGUACAGAACCACCAGAAAAAGAAGAUUUGGAUCUAACAGCUGUGUGUAAAGACUCUGUCUCGAACCCGGAGCAUGCAGAACACUACCUUGUUGUCAACAUGAGUGGCAUACUGAAGUGUGUGAAUAAGUGCAAUCCUGGACACCCUGAUCCCUUCACAUGUGACAACGAUGGCACCUGUUCUGUCUCAGCAGCUGAAGGAGCCCAGUGCUAUUGUCUCCACACAGGAUCCACUUGGUACAUGGGCGCCAAUUGUAACCACCCCAUCAACAAGAUUGGCUUCUACGUGGGGAUGAGUGUGACGGGCUUGGUGCUGGUGGUGCUGGUGGGGGUCCUGACUGCCUACCUGCUGCUCACCAAGCAGAGACAGAGGAGAAACAAGGACGUCAAGGAGCAGAUAGUGAAUGAUUGGCUUGAAGAUGACUUUGAGUGGCCCCCGCCUCGACGACCAGCAGGGCCCUACGAAGGGGCUAAUAACACCACGUUCGAGGAAGAGGUGAACGUGUACCAGCAGUCUGGCGGGUCCCUUACCUCGGACACCUCUCAGCAGGGUGCCCGCUACCCAGAAUCCUCCAGCUCUGCUCAGCCUCCACUCAAUCCCUACAACUUUAAUAACCAGCCGAUCAGGAUUCAAAGACCCCAGAUCAAAACAACAUCUGAAGUGUAACUUCAGCUGCACCCAAUGGCACUACACAGUACCUCACUUUUGUUUGCAUUACAACAGUUCUGAGUUACAUUCGCAUUAACAAUAUUGAUGACACCAAAGGAAUAUUUCUAAAAGUUCUGGACUGUAUGUCUGUGGUGUCAGGGUUAAAGGUCUAAAUCAACCAAAUCAUAAACAUAUUUAUCCUAAAUAUCCUUAAUUUAUUGUAAAGCUACAGUAACAGUAUAUUGCCUAUGAACCAAUUUCUAGUUUUUAUAUUGGAUCGAACAAAAGACAUUACUUUGGUGGAAGGCAUCAUGACGUUUCUUUAUUUUAUUACCGUAUAUUUCCUGUUUACGAUGCUGAAUGAGCUACGGCCAUUGCCCAAAGUGUAAAUAAUACCAAACCUAUUCUGAA